AUGGACGUAAAUAGCAGUGAUCAGAAUGGAAAACCAUCGAUUAACAAUUCUGCGGAAGAUCAAAAAGACCAAAAAGAGCAGAGAGAAAGAAGCGAAUUGCCACCUGUGCUCCGUCCGAAAUUCUCAAAACAACGACGUCGUCGCCGUCUGAAGACGACAUCUCGGGAAGCUACUAUUUCGAAAGAUGACGAAGGUAUUGUAGACAAGAUGGAAGAGAAGCCAUGGGAAGAUGAAGAGAAACCGUCACUUGAUAAACCAUCUGUAGAGAAGCAGUCGGUAGAGAAAGACGAAGACGGACAUCGGGGCAUCGUGCCACGUGACACACGUGAAAGAGAACCAGGAGAACGAGAGACCGAGGAACCCGAGUGUCAAGAUUCAGAGAUUCGGAUUCUGACGGUGGAACCACAGAAUAGUGAUACUGAUUUGGUGAAGAAAGUGACGACACCAGUUACAGUAACCACAGAUGAUAAGAGUGAUGAGAAGAGAAAGAAGGCGACGAAAGAAGGAUCGAAACGAGCGAGAAGAAAGAGAGUGAUAAAACAGAAGGGAAGUGGACGGAAUAGUGGAAGAAAACAACAGUUACAGUUGUCGGAUGAGAGAAGGAGACGCAGGAAAUUGAAUAAUGGAUCGAAAGAGUCACUUGCAAGCCCUCGUGCGUCUACAUAUGUCCCUCUGAAGUUGGAUAAGUCGGCUGAAAAUGUUGCCAGAAAAGGAAGAGCCAAUAACAAACAGUUUGAUUCUAUGAGACCACCAUCCGUGGAUAAACGGAAUCCUGCCAAAAAGAAGUCCUUUUUCAAAAAUAUUUUCGAUAAGACCAAAUCUUGGAUGAGAAAAUCGGAUGACGUCGCGCAGCCAACAAAAGAAAUGUUGUUCAAAUCAUACGUCAGUCCAGAAUAUGAUAUGAACAAUCCAGUUGAUUUCACUCCGGACCCAUCUUCUUAUCUCAAAAAGAUCUUAACUCGAAAAGAGAUUGAACGUGUUUCGAAGAAUGCAAGAUGUGAACGUGAAGAUGUCUUCAUCAACAACCGCCCAUUCUGGAUUCAUCGAACAAAUGAAGACGUGAUUCCCAAGUGUAAACUACUUUCCCACACUGGACUGAUUGCUCAACAUUCUCAAGAUGCUCAAUGUUUUCUGAGGGGACUCCCGGAACGGGCGACGACCUACAAUCCGAAAGGGGAUUCGUUGGAGAAAAUGAUGGCAAUCGAUAAAGUGAUUGGAGUAGAUCCGACGGAUCCAACAAAAGAGAAAGAGUUGAAGAGAGUCACAUCGAAUACGUUUUUUAGUACGUGUCAUGUGCAAGCAUUCAAGCAUAGUGCAGAGGGAAAGAGGAAGUUGGAGGAAUUCGAAGCCAAAUGGACGAAUAAUACCAAAGAUUUGGCACCACCGAAAGUCACAUUCCCACAUCUUCAUCAGUCUACAGGAGAGAAGAAAGAUUCGGGAAGUGGAGAUAAGAGUCAACCACCGAGUACAAUGUUAUGGGUGUACAACAGAAAAGAGCGUCCACCACCUCCAAAAAGAAUUGAAGAUCCACCAUUAUCUCGAACAUUUGCAUCAGUUGCAUUCACAACAGUUGAACCAAUCAAAAAACAGUCGAAGGCCCAAAUGAGUGCGUCGAUUACUUCAGAGUCUCAACAAGUGAAAAUUGGUUCGAAGUGA